UACAUGGCAGAUGUCAACUUCACAUUUGUUACUGAGUUUAUCCUUUUGGGACUGACAGAUCGUAAAGAACUCAAGAUAUUUCUCUUCAUCUUGUUCCUAUUGAUCUACCUCAUCUCCUUGGUGGGUAAUCUGGGAAUGUUCUUUCUGAUCUAUGUGACUCCUAAACUCCACACACCAAUGUACCACUUUCUUAGGUCUCUGUCAUUUGUGGAUGCAUGGUAUUCCUCAGUAUUUGCACCCAUAUUGUUGAUGAACUUCUUUGUUGAGCAAGAAACUAUCUCAUUAUUUGCAUGCACUCUGCAAUAUUUUUUGUUUGCAUUAUUGGUUACCACAGAAGGAUUUUUGCUGGCUGCAAUGGCUUAUGACCGUUAUGUGGCCAUUGUAAACCCUUUAAUUUACACAGUGGCCAUGACUAAAGUGGUUUGUGUUGGGCUGGUGCUUGGUUCAUUCAUAGGAGGUGUAAUCAACUCAUUGACACAUACUAUUGGAUUAAUGAAGCUGUCCUUCUGUGGACCAAAUGUCAUCAAUCACUUCUUCUGUGACCUUCCUCCACUGUUGAAGCUGUCCUGUUCAGACACCUCCAUGAAUGAACUGCUGCUUUUGAUCUUCUCUGGAGUCAUUGCCAUGACCACACUCUUGAUUGUGGUGGUCUCCUAUGUUUUCAUUGUUGUUGCUAUCCUGAGGAUCCGCUCAGCAGCAGGCAGACGCAAAGCCUUCUCCACCUGUGCUUCCCACCUGACAGCUGUGACUUUGUUAUAUGGCUCAGUCAGCUUCAGUUAUAUUCAACCAAGCUCCCAAUACUCCUUAGAACAAGAGAAGGUUGUAUCUGUAUUUUAUACUCUGGUGGUUCCCAUGUUGAACCCACUGAUUUACAGUUUAAGGAACAAGGAAGUAAAAGAUGCUGUGAAAAGGGCCAUGGAGAUGAAAUGUUUCCGUUGUUGA